AUGGCUCGCUUACUGACUAAGUCAUGUAUGUGGAAAGGGGCAUCACCAGCUGCCACAACAUCCGUCCUCCUCCGGGGGUACAGUGCAGGAAGCAGUGACUCGGAGUAUCUGCAGAAAAGCAUUGUCCCCACUAUGCACUUUCAGAAAAGUCUGCCUAGACUGCCAAUACCCAAACUUGAAGCCACUGUGAAAAGAUACUUGAACGCACAACGGCCUCUUCUAGACGAUGAGCAAUUUAGGAAGACCGAACAACUGGCACUGAACUUCCAAACCGGAGUGGGUAAGCAGCUGCAUGAGGAGCUGGUACAACAGGACAAGCAGAACAAACAUACCAGUUACAUUUCCGGUCCAUGGUUUGACAUGUAUCUCUGUGCUAGAGACCCGAUUGUGCUUAAUUUUAAUCCCUUCAUGUCCUUCACUCCUGAUCCAAAGCCAGAAUUUAACAACCAGCUUGUCAGGGCCACAAACCUGACCGUGUCUGCCAUGCGUUUCCUAAAAACCAUGAGAGCUGGUUACCUGGAGCCAGAGAUAUUCCACCUCAAUCCAGCCAAAAGUGACACACAGAAGUUUAGGAAGCUCAUCCGCUUUGUGCCAUCCUCUCUAUCCUGGUACGGGGCGUACAUGGUGAAUGCAUAUCCGCUAGACAUGUCUCAGUAUUUCCGCCUGUUUAACUCCACCCGCAUACCAAAACUGAACAAGGAUGAACUUGUGAGCGAUCAGCAGGCAAGACAUCUAUUGGUCCUCCGAAAUGGAAACUUCUAUGUGUUUGAUGUUCUAGAUAAAGAUGGAAGCAUAGUGAAGGCAUCAGAGAUUCAAGCCCAUCUAAAGUACAUCUUGUCAGAAAACACUCCUGCACCAGAAUUUCCCCUUAGGAUAUUUACCCAGUGAAGAUCGGAACACAUGGGCCAUAGUAAGGCAGAAGCUGAUAGACAAUGGCAAUCAAGAGGCUCUGCAUAAAGUAGAUUCAGCUGUGUUCUGUCUCUGUCUGGAUGACUUUCCUGUUAAAGAUCGCAUUCACCUCUCCCAUAAUAUGCUUCAUGGUUCCGCUUCAAACCGCUGGUAUGACAAGUCCUUCAGCAUCAUCAUGACGAAGGAUGGGACAGCGGCAAUCAAUUUCGAGCAUUCAUGGGGAGAUGGAGUUGCUGUUCUAAGGUUUCAAAAUGAGGUUUUCAAGGACAGUACAGAGCUGCCAGCUGUAUCUCCUCAGAGCUCUCCUGCUGCUGUGGACUCCAGUAAGGCCGUACAAAAACUUACAUUUCAUCUGGAUGACUCUCUGAAAGCUGCAGUAACUGAUGCUAAAAAGAAGUUUGAUGCUCUGGUGGGUUCACUGACCAUUGCCAGCCUGGAGUUCAAAAGAGGAGGGAAGGAGUUCCUGAAAACUCAGAAGCUCAGUCCUGACGCCAUAUCUCAGCUCUCAUUCCAGAUGGCUUUUCUCAGGCAAUACGGGCAAACAACUGCCACUUAUGAGUCAUGCAGUACCGCAGCCUUCAAACAUGGCCGAACAGAGACCAUCCGACCAGCUAGCCUUUAUACCAAGAAGUGCUCAGAGGCUUUUGUGAAGAAUUCCUCCAAGCAUAAUGCAGCUGAUCUCAGGGAAAUGCUAAAUGAAUGCUCCAAGUAUCAUGGGCAGCUAACGAAGGACGCCGCAAUGGGUCAAGGAUGUGAUCGGCACCUCUUUGCCUUGCGUUACCUGGCAGCUGGCAAAGGUAUGUCCCUUCCUGAGCUCUUCCAGGACCCAGCAUAUGCUCGCAUCAACCAUAAUGUCCUCUCUACAAGCACCUUAACAAGCCCCAGCUGUGCAGCUGGGGGGCUUUGCUCCAGUGGUCCCUGAUGGAUUUGGGGUGGGCUAUGGAGUACAUGAUGACUGGAUUGGUUGCAAUGUGUCUGCGUACCCAGCACGUGAUGUACAGCAGUUUGUGCAGUGUGUGCACCAGUCCCUGGAGGACAUAUUCAAAGUACUUGAAGAAAAGCCUGCAAAGUAG